AGGGAACUUUCGGGUGGGUGUGUAGCUUUUUGGCCUUUUCUGAUUGGGACAGUGGAAUUCAGUCAGGUGGCAUGUGCUUCAGAUUGCACACCUAUGCGGUGCUCACACCGACCCUCCGCAGUGGAGGGACAAGCCCAGGCGGAGGACAAGCAUGCCAAGGUACACGGUGCAUGUCCGAGGGGAAUGGCUUGCUGUGCCGUGCCGAAGUGGCGCAAGCACAGUGAGGUGGCUGGGGAAAGAAGCCGUGAGGCGUUACAUGAAAAACAAGCCUGACAAUGGAGGCUUUGGUUCUGUGGAGGAAGUACAAUUCUACGUUCGCCGUUGCAAAGGCCUUGGAUUGCUGGAUCAGGAUGAUACUUUGGAAGAUGCCCUCGAGGACAAUGAAUUUGUGGAAGUUGGUAAGUAAGCGGAAGACCAGACACCACAAGUUGCAAUGUUUGCACAUAUUAAGGAGAAGUUCCUAAAGGGAAAUGCUUGGCAGGAAACAAUGAAAAUGUUUUGAUAUUGUGAUGGGAAGUCUCUCCAAAUACCAUCAAUGUCUAGGGGGGACUAGCAUGCAUUUUAAGUGUGCAGUAUUUCAGCCAGUUAUUUUCACAAGGGUUGCUUAGAAAGCUGUUUCCAUUUCCCAUGUUGGUAGGCUGAAAGAAAUCUCCACAUGUAUCCAGAUACAGUGGUACCUCAGGUUAAGUACUUAAUUUGUUCCGGAGGUCUGUUCUUAACCUGAAACUGUUCUUAACUUGAAGCACCACUUUAGCUAAUGGGGCCUCCUGCUGCCACCGCGCCGCUGGAGCACGAUUUCUGUUCUCAUCCUGAAGCAAAGUUCUUAACCUGAAGCACUAUUUCUGGGUUAGCGGAGUCUGUAACCUGAAGCGUAUGUAACCUGAGGUACCACUGUAUACAUUGGACUUAAACUGGGGUGUCUUCUGCAUCUCAUUAACUGUAACAUCCCAGACUUUGACUACAGCAAAUAGAGGAAGAAAAGAAGCAAUUGCUUCCAUUUUGUGCUGUGUUAUUCCUCCUCGUUUCCAACUCACUGCCAUACGUAAAUUAGUUGAUAGGGUCUUUGAAGCAGUAGCUUGUGGGUCUUUUGGCUUCUGCUGUAAAGCAUCAGGCGCCCCCGCUGAUAUGGAUCAUAUAGUAGAUUGAUCACAUCCAGGCCUCAUUGAUAUGUUGCUUACAUACUGGAGUUGCUGGUUGGAAAUCAGAAGUGCAAAGAGACUCAGGAAGCUGUCUCACACCAAGUCGGACACUUGGCUCAUCUUGUCUACACCGACCAGCAGCUACUCUUUGGAGUGUCAGGCAGUUCCCAGUCCUACUUUGAGAUGCCAGGGAUUAAACCUGAGACCUUUUGGCAUGUAAAACAGAUGGUUUCCCAGAGUACCACUGAGCCACAGCUUCUCAUGUGGGAAAAUGGAAUAAGGGCGUUUAGGAGCGAUUCCAAAUGCUUAGCAAAAUACACUUCUGAUUACAGGGAUAGCCUGUGAAAGCAUAACUACACUGGCCACAGAAUAAACAAAAUGUCAUUUAUGGUUGUUUCUCUUUCCUUUCAGUGAUACAAGGAGAUGUAAUGUCCCCAGACUUCAUUCCAUCACAGCCUGAGGGUGUUCAUUUGUAUCCUUAUAAAAAAUGUGGUGGUGGUCUAUUGUUUUUCUGAGGCCUCAUAAAUCAAGGGUGCUUAGUUUUUGCAUGUUGUCUCUCCUAUACCCGCAAAUGUGGACUGAAAUCUAAACGAUCUUGUAUUACAUUAUAUAUUUUCCUAUGCUGUGCUUCAGAUAUAGUAAAUAUCGAGAACCAGAACAGGUAUGGAGCAAGAGUAACUUAUGAAGAACUGGUGUUUGAAUUAUGUCUUUCCCUGUCCUUAAUUCUCCUCCCUAUGUGUUAAGUUCUAAGUCUGCUAUAUAUACUAUGCUAAAUGCUAUGUGCCUGUGCUCCUAUUUAACACGGUGGGAUUUGCUUCUGAGAAAACAUUAACAGGCUUGUGCUGCACAAUAAAUAGUAACGAAAUAGAACUUUAAAAAAAAAAUCAAUUCUGUAAUGCAACAUAGUCACAGAUUUUUGAAGUGCUGAAAAAAAUUAACUGCAAUAGUUCUUUUAAACACUUAUAUGAAAAUGUGAUAUUUCCAUUGUAGCAACACUGACUGUACAGAGACAUAAAUACUGUGUCCGCAUAGCACAACUGGUUAUUUACGCUUAUCCAUGUCGUAUUCUCUUAUUCUAAUGCUGUUCUUUUAUAUAGUAUAUUUAUUUAGAUGGGAACCAUUUGACAACACAGGAUUUAGUCAAUUUAGGAAAGGGGCUGUAUAAGAUUAAGGUGAGUACUGGAAAGAUUAUAACUCUAAAGUACCCAGGGGUGGAAUUUAGAUGAUUUUAGACCCUGGACCUUUGACCCACUUCCUGUUUUAGCCAGCCCUGUGGUAUCUGGGGGCCCUUCUGCAUGUUUUCCUGAGAGGGGCCCUAGACCUCUGCCCAAAUGUCCUACAGUGACAGCAACCCCUGUAGAUACUUUAUUUGCACUUUAGUUUGAAAUAAAAAAAUAUAUAAAGGCAAUUUUAUUUCUAGUUAACCCCUGAAGCUGAAACUAAAGUCAGAGAAUCAAGAGAUGUCAUUGAAAGUAUUCUAAAGGAACAGAGAGGUAACCAUUAAUUACUUUAUUUUAUAAAUUGGGUGUGAGCAGUUGGGAGUACUGCAAUAUAUGUAAAAGUGAUUACAUAUAUUCAAUUGCAAUUUUUUUAUUUAAAAAAUGCAAGUAAAGCAUUUGUUUUAUCAUUCUUCUUUCAGUUGUCUAUGGAAUUACUACAGGUUUUGGGAAGUUUGCACGAACUGUUAUUCCAAACAGCAAGCUAUGGUAUGUUUCUUUUUUAAAUUUACAAAAGAAACCUAUAGAAAAUGCAGCCAAACAGAUUCUAACGUGUUUUAUUUCAUGAGAUUACUUUCCAUUGGUUAAACGUUCUGUCUACAAUUUUAUUUGUUCAGUUUUUGCAAGAAAUUUAAAACUUUGCCUGCAGUUGGAACUAAUUGUAUUGUGUGUUUUUCCCCUUUCUUUCUCUCUCCCUCUGAGGGAACUUCAAGUGAAUUUGGUUCGGUCACAUUCUGCAGGUAAGGAAGAGCAGAUCUCCCAGAUGCUUUCUUAUGAUUUAGUCUAGGCUAUACUGAGGUGGUUGUUUAUCCUUGCAGGUGUUGGGAAGCCUUUGAUUCCAGAGAGAUCUCGUAUGCUCUUAGCUCUAAGGAUCAAUGUCUUAGCAAAAGGAUACAGUGGAAUAUCACUGGAAACUCUUCAUCAAGUCAUUGAAGCAUUUAAUGGUAAUGUAAUCUGUGCUAUGCCACAUUUUUUGCAGGGUUUAGCUUUCAGUGCAAUAGACAUAAUUUUGAAAGGGGAUGAAGCUCCCAUCAAAAAAACAAUUUUGUCUCUUUGUGCCAAAAAAAUGCAGCAACUUUCCCAUUUGUACCUAGAACUGUGCAAAGAGAGGUGGUGACAUCCUGCACCUUGCAGUUUAACCUGCACCUGCAGCUUCUAAAGAAAGAUUGAUUUCAGAAUAUACUUUCCAAGAGAAGCAAUGUGCUGUGGACUGUCUCCUUGAAAGGGGCAGUGCCAUUUGGGAUAUUGGUGGUCAAUAGAAUGUUGUAGCUAUGAAAGGCAAUGGGCAAGUUUGGUUUGCAUAAGGCCCUCCUUCUGGUCACUGGGAGUAAAGCUCACUGCUAAAUUUCAAGGGGCAGGGUGAAUUAUGGUAUGUGUAUUUCUGAAACCAAGCUCUGCUUCUCCCUCACCCUCUUGUUCUUAUAGCAUCCUGCCUGCCCUACAUUCCUGAGCAAGGGACUGUUGGAGCCAGUGGAGACUUAGCCCCUCUUUCCCAUCUUGCUCUGGGACUCAUAGGAGAAGGGAAGAUGUGGUCUCCAAAGAGUGGAUGGGCUGAUGCAAAAUAUGUAAGAGACAAUGCUCUGCUGGUUCCUUUUGGUUUGCUGAAGCAUUCGUGAGAAUGGUGAAAGGUGAAGAGGGGUGUUUUGUUCUGAUGCUUUGCACAUUAAUGAUUUGUAAUAAAUUUAGGCUUCUUACAAUGCAAUCCUAUAAGUAAAUGUAGGGUCUCAGUCCUAGAUUUUAAUGGGGGAAAGUUAUUGACCAAUUAUAACAGAUGUGCAACAGGGAGACAUAUGAGGGCUUUGUGUCACAAACUGAAUGUUCAGAAUUCAUUUUUAAUGUGUGCUUGAGUGGCACGUGACCAUCCACACACUGUCCGCUGCCCCGCCCCCCGCCUCCCACAAAGUCUUAGAGCUUUCAUAGAUUGUCCACUUUUUCUUUGAUGGAAUGUUUCUAAGCUGUAUUUUCUGCCCUCUCCCUUCAACCACUACUCCCCACUUUCAACUUACUUUCUUCCAUUCUGGGCAUGUGCAAUGGUAUUUCUGUACCUGUGUACAGAAUUAAUUCCACCCCCUCCCAAAGGAAGAGUGCAAGAGCAAAAAUUUGAUUGGGAUUGCAUCCAGUCCCUUGGUAUUCUAAGUCUAACGUUACCGAUCAGUAUGUAUGGAGAACUGCAAGCUGAAGAACUGGAGCAGACAGCAGUAGAAAUAAUCUAUCCAGAAAGUCUUGCUGGCUUUGUAGCACAAUGGGAGUGGCAAGGUGCCCUUCUGUUGUUCAGUGACAGUGACUGAGUGCUGCUCGUGAUUUUCUGGUAGCACGAGCAAAUGAUCCUGCACAAUGUCUACCAUGGUUUUAAUAUAGAUGUCGUAACCCAUAGACAAAGCAAAGGAUUUGUGUAUUCUUAGCAUGCAAAUGCUGGAACUUUUCUGAAGCCGAAAUGUUCUGACAGCAAAGGGUCUGUUAACUUCAAAUGGUUUCAAGUGAUGAACAUAAAUGAAUUCUGACAGCAACUGUGGUAAUGUUUCCUUAUAAGCAUGUCCCACUGAUUUAACUGGGACUCACUGCCAAGUGAGCAUGCACAGAAUUGCAGCUCAGAAGGAAACACGGGGUCAUGUUUUUAAUUAAUUUUUAUGCUGGUAAGGCGAUAUAUGGAGAGGCUUCCUAAAACGAAUAUGUUGUUUCCGGUGCAAACUAGAGGAACUACAUGAGCCUGAAAGGGCAUGUUAAAAGAAUGCAGAAGUGGGAUUCCAUGUAUGGAACUGAAACUACUACUAAUUUAAACCAUUAGUUUUUUAAAACUAUGGGUGUCGAAACAUCCUUGAAGCCACUUCUUCAAUUCUGCUCGGGCAUCUUCCUUCUCAGUAGAGUAGUUAAAAAUAUUUAUGGGGUAACAAAAGAUAAGCCCAAUAAGUUUGUUACUGAUACUGUUUUACAGGUGCUAGAAGCUCAUGGACUGAAACCAAUUACACUGAAGCCCAAAGAGGUAAUAAAAUGCAUAGAAUCUCAGCAAUGGUCCAGUAGGCGGAGGCAUGUACUAUGUAGCUAGACCAUGUCAUACGUACCCUCCAAUAUUCUUCUGAUUAAAAUUGGGGUGCACAUUUUUUAGUGCCAAAUGCACAUGCGAGCUGGCUGGGGUUUCCCCGCCCCAGUCCCCUGUCUCCGUUACCAGCAGCAUCUCCUUCAGCGAGCCCCAAAGUGGCUCCUCCCCCUCCCCAUUGCCAUCCCUGUCUUUGUCCUCUCCUCCAUCAGUGGUGGUGGCUUGGCCUGCACCACCAGCAGCUCCCUCUCCCCCCCCCCCACCAUGGGCUCCAGCUCAGCCGCCUCCUUUUGCGUGAAAGAUGUGAAUCUUUCAGGGUCAAACUCUCGUGGGAGCCAGCUGACUCUCGAGAGAGAGCAGCACCAAAAAAGGGACAUUAUGGGAUCUAAUCAGAAGCUGGGGUGGCUUCUAUAAUUCCGGGAUGUCCCAGUCAAAUCGGGAUGCCUUGACAGGUAUCGUGAUGGCGAAGGGAGCAUUUCUAAUUUGCACUAGAAGGCACUUUUACGGUGAAGCAGCUUUAGGUUGGGAGAAUCUUUUUCACUCCAGUGGCCACAGUUGUGGGCGGGGCCAGAGCAACGGAUGUCAAGUUCAUAAACUCCAAAUGUCCCUAUUUUCCAGGGACUGUGCCAGAAUUACAAAAGCAAUCCCAGCUUCUCGUUUGAUCCCGGAAUGUCCCUAUUUCCCCCCAGCCGUUGCCUGUGAGGGGAGGGGGGGGAAAUGCAUGUGUUUUCAUACAGAGAGAGUCUCUGAAAAUUAAUGCUUUCUGUUUCUUUGAAGGGCCUAGCUCUUAUAAACGGGACGCAAAUGAUUACUUCUCUAGGAUGUGAAGCAGUUGAAAGGGCCAGUGCAAUUGCUAGACAAGCUGACAUAGUGGCUGCCCUCACACUAGAAGUUUUGAAGGGCACAACAAGAGCCUUUGAUACUGGUUGGUAUUGCAUUUUCUAAGGUCACUUUUACAGAACAUACUUAAAUCUGGGGCUUUGGGUAUUUGCUUUGUCGCAUCUCCCACAUUUCUGUGACGAUGUGAUUCUGAUCUUCACGGUGCCAACAGAAUUGUGACCAUGGGAACUACCAACAUCAUUGCUUUUAGUGUCUGCUAUGCCUUAUGGAAAAAUAUAUACUAAGCUCCAACAUCUCAGUCUCCAAGUGUGGAUUCUUAAGUAGCCAAAAUGGUGCCAUCCACACAUAAUAGCCAGGUACCAGUAGGCUUAGGAGAACCACAAAGUUUGUAGAACCAUCCAAAACAAUGUAAGCGAGAGAGACUGAGCAUGCUCAGUGUCACUGAAUGUUAGCUGAUAUGGGCUGAGAGGCAAUAGAAUGGAAUAUACUGGAAAGGGCAUGGCUGGCUAAAAUCCUGGCCAGAAUCACUCCACACUGUCGCAUUUGUUGCAGAUGCUACUUGCACUAUACAUCUUGCAGAUCAUAUCUCUUCAAAGGAGCAGGGAAAUGCUGCAUAUGUAUUAAAUGGCUACAUUUUAGGGUUUUAUCGUUUGAAUUUAAAAUUUUGCUGUAUAUUUCACGUAACUAUAGUCCCAGGCUUAAAACACCUGUCCAAGUGAUGCUUGCAAAACUGUCCUUAAUUUGAAGAGAGGGGAUAAGUGUUAUGCUGUAACUCUCUAUCUUUAUUUUAAAACAGAUAUUCAUGCACUGCGACCCCAUCGAGGGCAGAUAGAGGUGGCUUUUCGAUUCAGGUCACUUUUAGAUUCUGAUCACCAUCCCUCUGAAAUAGCAGGUGAAUGGCCAUUUUGGGUGAUACAUACUUGGCAUAUUUGCUUAGAUGAAUCAGAUAAACAAUCAGAUAACUUCAACUUGGUUUAUUUUUAAAAUUCUGUAUCUAGCCCUCAAAAGUAUGUAAGAAAAAAUAAUUAAGUCCUGGAUAUAAUUUGCUAAAGGCCAAGAAUCCAAAGGAAUGUCUCUUCUUCAGCUGGGUAAUUGUUUCAGCCCCUUCCACAGAGUUUUCAGCACUGGUCCAGUCACCAGAAAGCCCUUCCUUGAACUUUGCUCCCCCAUUUCUUGCUAAAAGGUCCCAAAUAUUAAAAAAAAGAAAUUGUUCCUUAAAUACUGUAUAUCCAGCUGUCAGUCUUCAGCCUGACAAUAUGCAAAUCUCAUUUCAUUUUCUUUUUUAAAUCUUGUUGUAAAACGUUUAAAACAGGAUACACUAUAAGCUACAAAACUGGAAGCAGAUUGUAACGUUUCGCAUAAAUCCAAACAUGUGACACUCCAGGGAAAAUCUCAUAUUUUGACUUGGGGCUAGAGAGGUUUAGUAUUAAAAUACUAACCUUGCUAUGUUUUCCUCUUCUUAAAAUAAUAAGUUUUCAUUUUGCUGUGUUGCAGAAUCUCAUCGAUUUUGUGAUAGAGUACAAGAUGCAUACACACUGCGUUGCUGCCCUCAGGUAAAGCUGAAUGUAAACUUGGUUCUGACACGUGUAGCCAAGAACUCAAUUAUCACUUCCACAUGUAAAGAAAAUGGUUCAAAUCUGUCAGUGAGCUGAAUUCUGUUCUUCUUAACAAAAGUUAGAACCAUAGAAGGCAAAGCUUGGAGGUCCCAGGAGCAAGACAGAAAUAAAACUAGGUAUUUAAAACAGUAAUUUACAAAGAUGCAGGAUAUGUGGCUAAUAUCUGAAAUUUCUUUUAGGUUCAUGGCGUUGCGAAUGACACGAUAGCAUUUGUCAAGGACAUAAUCACCACAGAACUCAACAGCGCAACAGACAAUCCUGUAUCUUUUUUGCAUAAUUCUGCUGCCUGAGUCAAGUGUAUGUUUCACACUUGGGCCUGUGGCUUUCAUUGUUUCUGUAGGAGCUGUCAAACAAAAGUGAUCCUGCAUACUUGUGCAUUUAGGUUGUAAGUUUUAAAGCGUAUCGUUCUUAACUUACCUGAAGCCUAUCAUCUUUAAAGCCCUAACCUAAACAGCUUAGGACAAACAAAAUAAAAAAAUUCCUUCCACUAGCACCUUAGAGACCAACUAAGUUUGUUAUUGGUAUGAGCUUUUGUGUGCAUGCACACUUCUUCAGAUACAUGGGCUACCUACCUGUAGCUUAGGACAAGGAUACCUUAAGGACCAUCUCUUCCCAUAUGAGCCUAUUUGCUCAUUAUGAUCUACUGAGAGAUCUUCUCUAUAACCUAUAAGUAUUGGAGUGCGCUUGGCAGGAAUGUAGGAGAGUGUGCGGCCACACCUAGCCUUUGGAACUCCCUGCCUCAAGAGGCUUAUAUCAACUCCCUCUCUGGUCUUCCACUGUCCUGUAUGAACUCCUUGUAGUUUGGUGGUCCAGAUGAAAAAUAAAGUAUUUUGUUGAUCCUCUGGAAAUAUAUAUAUUCUUUAACAUAUAUUCUUGGUUUAAAAACAUGUUUAAACAUGUGCCUUUUUUGUAAUGGAAAAGUAGAAUAGAAAUAGUUCUAACAAAUUCAAUAAUAAAUGAAUAACUUGGGCUUUGCUAUGGCCAACCUCACUAUUGUUGAAGCCUUAAUGUGUUCCUUAAGAUGGUUUUUGCUGAAAGGAAGGAGACAAUUUCUGGAGGAAAUUUCCAUGGUGAAUACCCUGCCAAGGUAGUUAACAACAUUCUCCCCCCCCUUUUUUUUUAGUAUUUACAAUUUAGGGCUUUAAAAACUAUCACUAAAAACCAAUAUAUAUCUUUCAGGCUCUGGACUAUCUUGCAAUUGGGGUCCAUGAACUUGCUGCGAUUAGCGAAAGGAGGAUCGAACGGCUCUGCAACCCAUCCCUCAGUGAGUUGCCGCCAUUUUUAGUCACAGAAGGAGGUCUGAACUCUGGAUUCAUGAUUGCACACUGCACAGCAGCAUCCUUGGGUGAGUACAAAAUGGCUGACGGGGCUGCCAGAGGGAUUGAAUACACAGACAUCUCAAUAUCCCAGAGUUAAUCUGCUGCUCUGACCAGUCUUCUUGCAUUUCCCUCUCAGGUAUUUGAGUCUUGGGCUAUGCACACAUGACCAUUACACUUGGGGUGUGUCUCCUAAUUCCUAGAUCCAGCACGAAUUCAAUUGCUGGAAUAGCCCAGUCAUUUCUAGAAUGUCAAGGCAUUUAAAUAAAUCACAUGCAACCAGUACGUUACAAGAAACUACAGGAUAGCUCUAGAUAUUCCCUAAUGUCCUGAGUACGCAGAUUCAAAAUUUAAUGGAGGGAGCACACUGGAGCCAGAGUUAACAGUAAUGUGUACAUGGCCCAUCUCUGGUUUAAAUCGCUUCUCUGCCCAUUUAUUCUCUUAAUUCACAGUCUUGGCCUUUCUCCCAUUGGCAGCACAAGGAUACCUUGCAGGGCUCCUGUAAGCAUUACUGUGAUAAACAUUGCUGAGAUAAUGUAUAGGAAGCUUUGAACAGGUAAAAAGAACCCUGUUAGGUCAGACCCAGAAGCUCAUCUGAUCCAGGCAGAUGCUUAUAGGAAGCACAAAUACAGGGCUUGUGUUUGUGUUCUUCCCCUGUUGUCUUUCUCCUUGGCAGUGUGAGCACUUUUUGGAGUGUCCUCUACAUUGGGGGGAAAGAAGGUUUAUGGAUGCUAUAUAUUGAUAUUACGCUGCUGAUCUGCACAGAAUACUGUUACAAAAGCGUUUCCAGGUUCCUCAUUUCCCUCGCUGACGGCUACUCAAAGUGGGGCAUUGUUUACAUCAGGGGUAGUCAACCCUUUUAUACGUACCACCCACUAAUGCAUCUUCCUUGAUGGUAAAAUUUCCUUACUGCCCACCAGUGUUCGAUGGAAGGAGGAUUCAGCUUGUGCCAUAGAACCCCCUACCGCCCACCUAGAAUCUUGAAACGCCCACUAGUGGGUGGUAGGGACCAGGUUGACAACCCCUGGUUUUUACAUGGUGGUUUGCCUCAGAGGCUACCAUUUAUUCAAACUGGACUUUUGCAGUUUCCGAGAACAAAGCCUUGUGCCAUCCGUCUUCUGUGGAUACUCUUUCGACCAGUGCCGCUACAGAGGACCACGUAUCCAUGGGAGGAUGGGCUGCGAGAAAAGCACUCAAAGUCAUUGAGCACGUUGAACAAGGUAAAGUCAUAGGCACAACUGGAUAUUAACUGUGGUCACAUCUACGCCACACACAGAAAGCAUAGAGCUUCCCUCAAAGAAUCCUGGCAACUGUGGUUUGUUAAGGGUGCUGGGAAUUGUAGCUCUGUGGCAGAUAAACUACAGUUCCCAGGAUUGUUUGGGAGAAGCCAUGUGCUUUAAAUAUGUUUUAAAUGUAUAGUGUGGGUGUGACCAGUGUUUCAUACCAUCUUAAGCACACUGACUUGGAUGUAAGCUUCAUGGAAAUCGAUGGGAAUUGCUUGCAUUUUAAAAACACAUUUGACUGGAUUUUACACUUAUACAUAAAUAUAUAUAUUGCAAUUUAUAAUAAAAAACACUGUCAAAAUAAGAUGAAGAUGAUAAUAAGUAGGAACAAAUAUAAAUUAUAAAGAACAAAUAAUUUCAGAAAAUGUUAGAGGAACUGCUGUGGAUUGUCAAUAACAAGACAUAAUACUAAGAAUUACCUGCAUUAUUUCAUGCCAAAGUGUUUAGGGUCAGAAUGGCAAGAGACUUAAUGCAGACCUGAAAACUAUUUAAGAGAUCAGGAAAGGCCCUGCAGUACAAGAGAGUGGAGCAGCCUUUCUCAGUUGGCUUCUUGAGGGGAAGAUAGAUGAACGCAGAAAUUGGUGUCAGUGCUGCUACAUGUAUCUUUAAACUAAGUGUGGGGCUCUAGCGGAUUUGGGCUUCAAGUCAGACAACAAAAUUUCUUAGACUGACAGUGCAAGAAGAGAUCCUGGUUCACUGUGCUUCAUUGCAUAGAUCAGUGGUUUUCAACCAGUGUGUUGUGGCACCCUAGGGUGCCGUGGGCAACACGGGCCUCUGUCCCUCUUUCCUUCCCUCCCUCCUUUGAUGCUCUCUUGCAUCUCUGCCUCCCAAAGGCUUGCACAGCUGUUUGUUGCAGCAGCCCUAGCUACAAGCUCUGCAGGUGAAUGGUGCCUCUGGGGUUGGCCAGGUUGCCAGGAGCUGAGGCGGCCUCGAAGCAAGCAGGCAGGCAGGCAGGCAGGCAGGCAGGCAAGGGAGCCCAGCCAGCCAUUCCACCAGCCCUUGCUGUUGCGAAUGGACAGACGAGUCCUAGGCCCCUGUGGCAGUAAGGCAAACUAAUCUGACUUCUGAACUUAGGAAAUCCAAGCCACAGGGGAGAAGUUAAUUCUUCUGCCUUUGAUGCAGAACCUCACCUCCACCUUGGCAUCACAAUUCCUCUUUCCAAGGCUCUGAGUCCUGACUCAGUAAAACUGUUCUAGAAUCUUUGCAUGCUUUUCAUAUCAUGCUUUUGGGUUGUAUGUGAUCAUUCACAUGUGCAUGUAUAUCUUCACAGAGUGCCACAAUAUUAACACACUCCAUAGGAAAGUAGAUUUAAGUUUCUUUAGUCUUUUACUUGCAUCUAAAUUCAUAGAAUUUCAAAUAUAAGAUUCUGCAUUUCAUACAUCCAGUUAACCCAUAUUAACAAUGUGCCCAUUUAAUGGUGAGCACUAGUCCUAAGAGCUCAUCCUCAUCUGUUUACAUCAAAUGUUUUAAAAAUGACCAGAAUUUGCCAUGGUUUUUAUGUUGUUUUUGUUUACUAGUAUUGGCUGUAGAACUCCUUGCAGCAUGCCAGGGCAUUGAGUUUCUACGCCCCCUGAGAACUACAACCCCAUUGGAAAAAGUCUAUGACCUUGUGCGCUCUGUUGUCAGGUAUGUCAAACAAACACUUGCCCAGAGACGGUAACUUCUGAGAACAUUGGCCAAACAUUAACCACUUACCACCACUACUAGCAGAUUUAGAAGUUCAAUUUGUUGUUCAAUUUGUCUCCUUUCAGGCCUUGGAUGAAAGAUCGCUUCAUGGCCCCAGACAUUGAGGCAGCUCACAGACUGCUUGUGGAUCAGAAGGUAAGUGUUGAUAUUAGCAGCUAAUGGAGUCUGAUGAGGAGACUCCAUGAUUUUUAAAAGUUCCUCUGUGUGUUUAGCUACUAGCUGCAUAAUAUGUGCCCUCAUGCUUAUGAUUUAUUCCAACAUUCUAUGAGGAAGGAAAACAAUCUUGUACCAAGCAGAUUUAAUUUGCUAUCUAGGAAAACAGGUUGGAGGAAACCAUAUCUUUGACACUUGUUCAGCACCACAAGUCUACCACCAAACAUUUGAGUGAUUGGGGUUAGAGAAGUAAAUCAUGCUUAUCAUAAAGUGAAAGACAGAUUGUAGCUAGGCAAGCAAACCAUGUUUAUUUAUUCCAAAUAUUUCUUUCCCACUAUUCAAAGCAGCUCACAAUCAAAGAAAUUGAAAGCAUGCAAUAAAUACACAAGACAAUAAAUAAUUAGCAGAACAAUAAAGCCAAAUAUUAAUACCAGAGCCAGUUCAGAUUAAGACAGCAUCUAAAAAGCCUGGAAGAAUGAAAGGUCUUCACCUGGCAACAAAAAUAGCAAAACAUGGAUUAAGGUGACUGGGGAGAAUCUUCCAAAGACAGGGCAGAGGUGAUUAAAAAGGACCAAUCAAAGGUCACCACCAAUCUCACUGAUGAUGGCAAAGGGACUGAAAGAAGGACCUCUUAGGAAGUUUAAGGGCAGGUUCAUGUGGGAGCAAAGAGCCCUAAGACACAAAGGGCUUUACAGGUCAAAGCCAACACUUCAAAUUGUGCUUCUUAGUGGACUAGAAGCCUGCGCAGUUGUGUUACAAAUGGCAAGUCAUAUUCUGUAUGUCUGGCCAUAGACCACAUGGAAUCCACAGCUGAAUUAACAUGCAUGUCUGCAGGAAGCUUGAGCUUCUGACAGGAAGUUCAUAAUAAAGAAAUGAGAAUCUUGUUUUUGAUCAUUCUGUGUUGAGUGUGUUUUAUUGUUCAAAAAGAACAUGUUGCACGUGCUCCAUCUGGCUAGUAUACAUAUUACAAAGCCAUCCCUCAGCAUAUCUGAGUCCCUGACAGUCUUCUAAAGCCAGGCACAGCCUCUGGAUAUAUUUUUCUCAAGUAUUAGUUCCAGCAUGUGAGAAGGGGGUGGGUGGAAAUGAUAGCAGCCUCCUGUGCUGUGUUUGGCAUUUGUUUGCUAAAGAGUGGGCCCACCAUAAAAUGCAGCUCCCUCAUCCCCUCCCUCCCUUAUAGAGCCGGUCUUGUGUGUCCUUGUAGAGAGUGAUGGAAUGGAGUAUGGAGGCAAUGUACAUUGGACACACAUCAGUCCUCUUCAGAAACCACCAUCUGGGCAUACCCACCAGGGCUACUUUGUCCAGAUGUUUGCACUGUACAUUUCCACUGAAAGUAGUUUUUUUUUGCUAACUUGCACCAAUGGUUUUUAAAUAUAUGAUUAGGAUCAUGUAUAAGAAAUGUUGUCUGCCAAUAUUUUGGUCCAAAAUCUAAAUCUUUGCCUUUUGCUUCUGACACUACUUUCUCUCUCUCUUCCUACCUGUAGGUUUGGGAAGUAGCUGAACCAUACAUUGAAAAAUACAGAAGGGAGCACCUUCCUGAGUCCAGGCCAAUCUCCCCUACUGCCUUUUCAUUAGCAGCAAGUGAAAACGCCUCACGCUGUCGCCACCAACAUCAUCAUAGCGACUCAGAAGAAUUUGAUUAAGAGUAAAUGCUAUCAGAAAUGAACCCCAGUACUUCAGUCGAUAGCAAAAUCUGUGUGUUUUUAAUAACUCCCGUAUUCUGUACUUUAUGCCAAAGGCCAAAAAAUAAAAAGAUUCCAAAGCCGAAAAUAUUCAUGGGCAUAGAGAAAGUGCCGUAUCAGUUUGAAUGAUUUCACAAUGGCUGAACUUUGUACAAAAACAAGGUGAAUGUUAAAUUUAUCUGUAGCAAAUGGGUGGGUGCGACAAAACCUGUGGAGAUGUGGCUCAUUUUGUGAGUUAAGUUAACCACACUAACAUCAAACUAUAAUUUAGCCAAUUAAAAUUAGCUAGCUUUUUUUUAAUUUAUAAAAACAAUAAAUCUAAUGUUGCAAUCAUUACAGAGACUCCUCCUCCUCCUUAUUGCAUUUAUAUCUCACCCUUUUCUCCAAGGGGCACAAGGUGGGAUACAUAGUUUCUCCCCACAUUUAAUCCCCAUAACAACUUUGUGAGGUAAGUUAGGCUGGGAGUCAGUGACUGGCCCAAGGUCACCCAGUGAACUUCAUGGCCAAGUAAGGAUUUAAACCCUGGCCUUCCAGAUCCUAGUCAGAGACUGAUGACUAUACCAUACCAGCUUUGGUCUCUUACAAAAAAAAUUUAAAAAGCCAAUGUGCUGAUUCCUGGGCCAUAUAAAUCUUGCUUUGUGAAGUCAUCUCUAUAAACGACAUAUCAUGUUGUGGAGAGGAGGUUGUUACUCAAAGGAAACAUACGUUCAUAAACCACCUUAGGUAGAUGGAAGUAGUUAUUCAAGUCCAACCAACUGCAUAAAUGUUAUCUGUGAACUCCCUGCAGUCAUCGGGGCCUGUUUGUGGGCUUCCCAAAGGCACCCACCUGACCACUGUGAGCAGGACGCUGGACUAGAUGUAGCAAACUCUUCUCAUGUUCUUAACUCUGUGAAAAAUUAUGAGGUGUAUGUAGGCACACUGCAAUGCAGAGCUUUGAUUUCUUUAUACAAGAGGACCUUCAUUUAUGGAAAAAAAAUCAGAGUUAACUGUUUGCAUACAUGUAGUUUUAUUUUCUAGCGGACCAUGAAACUACCAAGCAGAUGAACAUGGCCUAGUGUUCCUCAUGCGAAUACAAAGGGAGGACUAAAAUAAAAACCAGUGAAAUUAUUGAGCUUUGACCGGUAAGGAAGUAUGAUCUUAUAGAUGUGAGACCCUGCUGAUUAUCAUCCUGUGUUUGCCUCAGAGAGUCUGGCAACUGCUGUAUUUCUUCCUUCUGGAAUUCCUCAGUAGCCCAGAACACUGUCGUUUUUAUAAACAACUUUUCCUUU